UUUGAUAUGCCGGCGGGCGGCCAGAAACCGACCUACGGCCACUCGAUCUUUGACACGGUGCUACCCGACCUGCCUUUUAUAUGACGGGUGAGCUAGCGCUGUCACACAGAGAACUAGGCAGUAUCGCUACGGCACUCAACACAAGGCCCAGGUGCCCUCCUGUCCGCGAUGAUGUAUAAGACGACGCGGGGAAUCCGCAAGUCGGAACGGACGACCCUUCCUCGCCAUGCUCCAAGUUGCUGAAAGCGCGCCGAACACGCAAAAACGCCCGCCGUCGAUGCCUCGCUCCGUCCAUUUUAUCUUUCCCGAGGCGAGGAAGAGGGCGAGUCGGCACCCUUCCGCCUGUGUUGUCAAAGACGUCCACCUCGGCGCGAGAGAUGGCUGCGGCCGGGUCGCCGCCAAAGGUCGGGAGAGCCUCGAACCCGUCUGUGCCGACCACCUCUGCAGAUACAAACGCUCCAAUGGGCAUCGGUGCAAAAGAACGCCACUAAGCCUCGCUCAUGGCGACGCUGACCCUAUUGCGGGCUGGCUCCCCAACACGGCGCAGUCGGUAUACUGCGAACGUCACGAGGGGCACAGCUGCGUCGGGUUCAUUCAUGGCACCACACGGUGCUCCGAGACGAAGAUGCAAGGAAGGGAGUACUGCUCGGCCCAUGCGGCCACGCUGUGCAAGUGGAAGACGAACGAUGGCUCGCUGUGUGCCGCGGAAGCCGGCAGAGGCUCAGGAUAUUGCACGACCCAUUGCUGCGAAAUUGCAACCGAACAAGGCCACCGGUGCCCCAAGCCUCGAUCCCACUCGGCCAUAUUCUGCAAAGGCCAUCGGUGCGUCUGGAGGAACGGUGAAGGCAGGCAAUGCCCCAACACCUCCUAUCCCAAUACCGGUGGAGUUUGUGCCCCUCACACUUGCGAGAAAGACAACUGCGGCAACGGAGCCCUGAACGACGUCGACCGUUGCUCGGAGCAUGUCUGCGCGUUCCAACCCCCCCACCAGCCGAGCGACUUCCCCGUUUGCUUUGGCGAGCCGAUUCAGGGGCAGCCUUUUUGUGAAUCCCAUGACCGCUAUGUUCGACUGUAUGAGCGGGCCAUGCUGAAUGUUUUCUCUUGAAUACACACAGUAAUCCGUAUGGUAGCUAGGUAGUUAUGGCAAGGUGACUGGUCAUAUUUCCCU